GAUUGAUUAGCGCUUAUUUGCGUUUACGAAGUUUUUAUGUGACGAGCUAUUUUUUUCCCUGUUGAAAAUGAAUUGUUAGAAAUAUACUGCAUUCUCCUUUUUCAGAAAAAUGAGUGACCUGGAGGGUAUUAGUUGUCAUAUCGAUGACAGGAUUUCAUCCGUCCAACGCAUGUUGUAUUUAUCAAUUGCAGAAGUACCUCAACAAAAGAUGAAAAAACUUGCAGAAGACCUUGAUGCACUAGAGAGACUUCUGAUGGAGUAUGAAAAAAAUGUUGACCAACACAAAGCGCAACUUGAUCAAUUGAAGGCACUUGAUGAAUUCUUCACAAAUAAUUUGAAGCGUCUCCAACACCUUAAGAACAACGUACCUGCUCAUAUGCCAUCCACAUGCCCACAAAAUGAAAUACAUCUUGAACCGCCUCUGGAACCAGUAAGCAACAAGAGCCAAGCAGCAGGUGUGGAGUCCACCCAGCAGGAAAUUGUUAAAACUGACCUCAAGAAAUGUGUCAAGGAGAUUCUGCCUAUCACAGUGGGCGAGUUUGAAAAUAUCCCUCCGUACAUGAAAGGUCGGGUGUCAUACCAUCAAAUUAACAGUGCCGUGGAGAACAUUAAUGCAGCUGUUGUAGCCAAGUAUAAAAUUGUCCACCAGCCAGUGAAAACUCGCAGCAACCGAGCACGCAACCUGUACCAGCGCUUCAAGGAUCAGGAGACAAAAGAAACCAAAGGUCAGUAUUUUGUGGUGGAGGAAGAUUUGCGUCAAUUCACUCAAAUGAGGGUGGACAAGCGACUUCAGGGAAUUCUGAACAUGUUGCGACACUGCCAGCGCCUGCGGGAGUUGCGAGGAGGCGGCCUUACUCGUUACGUCUUACUAUAAAUUAAUAAUGCUCGGUGUAAGUGCGCUUUCUUGGCAGUAUUUUGGGUUUGUGUUUAAAAGUUCUAUGAAAUGGUAGCUAUGUCAAAAAAAUAAAU